AUGUCGAAGAUUCAAGUGUCAAGCGUGCGAGCUACCAUCAAGGACCUCAUUCAGGCGAGCUCCGACAAGAGGAGGAACUUCUGCGAGACUGUCGAGCUGCAGAUCGGUCUGAAGAACUACGAUCCUUCGCGUGACAAGCGUUUCUCGGGCACCAUCAAGCUUCCCCAUGUGCCUCGUCCGCGCAUGACGAUGUGCAUUCUGGCCGACGCUGCCGAUGUCGACCGUGCCAAGCUGAUUGAGCUCGAGUACAUGACGGUCGAGGACCUCAAGAAGCUCAACAAGAACAAGAAGCUUGUCAAGAAGCUGGCCAAGAAGUACGACGCCUUCCUUGCUUCCGAGGCGCUGAUCAAGCAGAUUCCCCGUCUGCUCGGCCCCGGUCUGUCCAAGGCCGGCAAGUUCCCUACCCCGGUCUCGCACAGCGAGGACCUCGAGAAGAAGGUCAACGAGGUCAAGAGCACGAUCAAGUUCCAGCUCAAGAAGGUCCUCUGCCUUGCCGUCGCCAUUGGCCACGUCCAGAUGACCGACGAGCAGCUGCUCGCCAACAUCAUGCUCGCCAUCAACUUCCUCAUCUCGCUGCUCAAGAAGCAGUGGCAGAACGUCAAGUCGCUCACCAUCAAGUCGACCAUGGGCAAGCCCUUCACCCUCUACUAA